GAUGUGUCGUCAUGAUAUGUCAGCAGGCGAGGCGGUCUCAAUCGAAGAGAAUCUGUUGAUUUAUUGCAAGCCAGUCGAGCUCUACAAUAUUCUUCGCCCUCGUGCUUUGCAUAAUCCUUUAUUUCUUCGUAGAUGUUUGCGAUACAAAAUCCAAGCAAAGCAUAAGCAGAGGUUCAGUGCUGGGACUGUAAUAUUCAACUAUAGGGACUACUGCAACACUUUACAAAAAACUGAAGUUACCGAAGACUUCUCAUGUCCCUUUUGCUUGAUGCAAUGUGCAAGCUUUAAGGGUCUGCGGUAUCACUUGUGCUCUUCACAUGACUUGUUCAACUUUGAUUUUUGGGUAACUGGAGAGUAUCAGGCAGUGAAUGUUUCUGUUAAAACUGAUGCAUUGAGAUCUGAGAGUGUAGCAGAAGGCACAGGCCCACAACUUCGAACAUUCUUCUUCUGUUCAAGGCCAAAGAAACGCAGGUCACUGGACUGUGGUCCAAAUAUAAAGCAUGUUAAUGUACAAUUCUUGGAGUUGGACUCAAGUAUACUAGCCAGCGAAGGUGUGCAGAAAGGAGUUUUGGUGAAUGGUAAUGUUCUAUCAUGUAAAGGUGAGAAGGCUCCCGAUCUGCUUCCCAGUGGGGUAGACACCCAGAAUGAAAGGCAAGGACAAGACUACUAUGGUCCUUAUAAUGCUAGACUGAAGGAAUCCAUAGAAAAUGUUACAUCAAGUUCCAGUGCUCCUGGUGUUGCUCAAUCUUCACUGGAUCUCAAUUAUAUUAAAUUGCAGUCUGGAAGUGAUUGUGCACCCCCUGCAAAAAUGAGGAAGUUAAAUGGAGAGCGAUCGGACCCUAAAAACAGCCGUAUGCUCCUGCAGAAACGACAGUUCUAUCAUUCUCACAGAGUCCAGCCCAUGGAGUUGGAGCAAGUAUUAUCGGAUCUGGAUAGUGAGGAUGAAGUUGAUGAUGACGUUGCAGAUCUUGAAGAUCGGAGGAUGCUUGAUGAUUUUGUAGAUGUUACCAAAGAUGAAAAGCAGCUGAUGCAUCUUUGGAACUCUUUCGUGCGGAGGCAAAGUGUGCUGGCAGAUGCUCAUGUUCCCUGGGCAUGUGAGGCAUUUUCAAGACUUCAUGGACAGGAGCUAGUCUCCUGUCCAGCUCUUUUCUGGUGUUGGAGGUUAUUCAUGAUUAAACUUUGGAAUCACGGUCUUCUUGAUGCCUGCACAAUGAAUAGUUGCAAUGCCAUUCUCAAUGGAUACAAGAACUAGGGGAUCAGAUGCUAUUAGAAGUUAUAGUAGAUGAUUUGAGUUCUUCGGCUUAAGACUAGGUACUAGGUGGCGAGAUGGGGAAUUCUAGAUUGUUUUCCUCAUGUUGUAUUCUUCUUCCUUUUCAUUAACUUCUUCCCAUUAUUAUUGGACCAGAGAUCUCGAACCAACUUAAUCCAUACAGGAGGUUGGGGUGGUUGCUGUCUCAUUGUUGUAAUUUUUAUUGGAUGAGCCUCCCAUUCUUCUUCUUUACAGAGUUAUAGAAUAGAAUCGUAGUGAUCGAGACUAAUUUAUUUCUAAGACCUUGUUACAUCUAUACAUGAAGUGUCUCCCUUACAUCUC